GACACACUUGUUGCAUGAAGACUGGCAGGCACUGAGCCUAAGCCCUUUAUUACACAAUUGUUUUGCGUUUGUUGUCAUAAGUCUGAACGCUUUGCACUUUAUAGUCAGAUUUAUAACAGGACAACAGGAUGGUGAGCAGUCAGGCAGAGGGUACAGGGUGGAAUUUGAUUCCUAAAAACUGUGAACACCGCGAAUAUUCGUGUGACGGGUCGCAGAUGACAACAGAACCUUCUACACGUGCAAACGGACCGAAUCUAACCAUGCAGACCCAUAACCUGUCAGGGAACAGCAGCCGAAAAGGACCCAAAAAACACAAGUCCACACCUGAAAAGAAAUACCUUGGAGUUAAAGUGAGAAUGCCAGUACGUGACAUGCUAAGAAAUAUAAGGAUAGCCAAGGGUAUUGACCCUAAUGAUCUGCAGGGAAAAUGCAAGUCAUCUAAAGGGGAUAAGAAACGAGUUAACACAAGUGCUAACCGGAGGCGUAUUCUGACGAAACAUGAAACAAAGGAUCUAGAGGAUCUGGCUAUUAUUGUGGAAGUACUGGAAGAGGAUCUUAAGACCUGUCAGUCGUACAAGCCACCAAACCAAAGCAAUUCACCUUCAUACUCUACAAAGUUCUGUUUUAAAGAUGCCUUGCAGCAGGGUUUCAUGAGCCCAUGUUAUCAGGAGAAUGAAAAACCUCUGUCUCCAAGCUACUCUGUACCCUCAGGCACAUCACCUGUACAUUCUGUGUGCAGCUCCUACCCAUCGCCAACUUACAGCCAUGGUGGAGAUGCCUUCUUGGGGAAUCAGGAAGAAUACAGCAGUUAUGAGUCGGAUAAGUACAUGUAUGAUGAUCUCUAUGGUACAAGCUACUCUCCUGCCAAUUCAAAGGAAUACCAGGAGCCCUCCUCACAAGAAUCAUUCAAUUCCAGUCCCAAUCCAGAAACCUGGGAGGUUUCUUCUCAAAAGUGGAACUAUGCAUUAUGGCCACAUUCUCAGCAGGAGAUGAGUGAUAUGACCUUCUACUGCACACAAAUGGAAAGAGAAGAGCAUGUGCUGCAGCAGAUUUCUGACCAAGAACUUCUUGCUGUUGGUGAAGACGGCAGAACUCUUUUACACAGGGUUGUGAUGGAGGGAAAGAGAUCCCUUGUGUAUGUUAUUGCCAGAAGGAUGGCAUCUCUGAAGAAACUAGAUAUCAAAGAUUCAGAGGGAAAGACUCCCCUUCAUCUCGCUGCACAGAAGAAUCAACACUUCAUGGUGGCUGAUUUGGUGUCACUUGGCGCAAAUAUCAAUGCGAAAGAGCGAUAUGGGAAAACUUGCCUCCAUCUCAGUGCAGAGAAUGGCUAUAUUCGAGUGAUGGAGAUCCUGAGAGGUUUAAUGAAGAAUGGCAUGUAUUUGAAUUUGGAGGAAAGAGAUGCGAAUGGGCUCAGUGCAUUGCAAUGCGCAGCAGUGGCUCUGAAACACACGGUGCAGCAGCUGGAGCUCUGCGAGUCUGUGGGACAGGUCAAACUACACAGCCUUCGCAAAGAGCAGAUGAUGGAGACCCUCGAGUGCCUCCUUCAGAUGGAGAGCUACUUACAUGCUCCGGCCAGCAACAACCCGAUUUAGAAGCAUGUUCGGCCACAUGGGUCUGCUUCUAGCAAGAGUUGUUUGUAAUGCUAGGCAGUGCUUUUAACUGACGGUAAAUGUUUUUGAGUGAAUACAAGCUUGAAUCUGCCAUUGAAGAUAGUGUACACAUAAUCAAGAGGAUUAGGAACAUCUUCGUGGCAUGGUAAAGCUAUGUAUUAUGCAACCAGAAGUUUUGUUCAGCGUUCAGGUGAGAAUCGAGGUUUAUCGCUGCGCAAACACAAAAUGGUUGCCCAUUAGCUGGUUUCUGUGAAACUUCCACUGUUAGCUAUGCUUGAGUAGCAAAAUGUUUUAAAGGGGAUUACAAAUGUGGUAAGACCUUCAAGUUGAUCAAAUGCCACGGUUCCUAUUUGCUCCAAGAGCAAAUAGUUAAGAUAUUAAGGAAAUAGUGUUAUUUGUACUAAUAUACAAUGGCAAAAUGCAGUAACUGUGUCUUUUUGUAUGGUUUUAUUCAUCAAGGUGUGUUCACAUAUAUCAGGAUUGAUUUGAUUUAAACAAAUGCUAGUGCAAUCACCUCUUAUUAUCGGUCAUUUAUAUCAGGGGUCAACCCCCAAAAUAACCAGUGAUUCGCGAGCCCCAAUAUCCUCGAAGGUGAUUCUAAACAUACAAACAUUGCACACAAUGGUGCACAUACACCAAUAGGAAUUAUAUAAACACGAGCAUAUUGACAACACAAAAAAGUGCAACAGUCUAACAACCAUAGCCUUUUUAAGUCAUUAUUCAAUUGUUUAAUUUAAUAUUAACUGACUUUUUAUUUCUGUUGUUUUUUAUGUAACUAAUAAAUAUCGUAAUAGCGUAAUAUUGUUAUCUUCUAUAGGUUAUGAAUAAAAUAUGGUAAUUCUAAUGGAUUAAUAACAUAUACAGGUGAAGUCAGAAUUAUUAA